CUCUCUCUCUCUCUCUAGAACAUGAACGUAGAAGGAUUAUAGGAUAGAAUAUAUUCAAUAGGAAGAGAAGAUUUGGCAACAAUUAAAAAUAGAGGAUGGGUUCGCCUGCGGAUCUAAGCCUUGAUUGCAAGCCACACAACUACUCUACACUAUUGAAGUCAUUUGGAGAUCAAACUGAUCAAACCCAGAAGCUGGAAGACUUUCUAACUCGUCUAGAGGAAGAAAGGCUCAAGAUAGAUGCAUUCAAGCGUGAGCUACCCCUCUGCAUGCAACUACUCACCAAAGAGAUGGAAGCAUUAAGGCAGCAGCUACAGACCUUCAGGACGAAGGAAGGGCCAAGAAUGGUUCUUGAAGAGUUCAUACCCAUAAAGAAUUCGAGUUCAUCAGAAGGAUCAGAGAAGGCAUCUAAUGUAUCUGAGAAUAAGGCUAGUUGGAUGAGUACAGCACAGUUGUGGAGCCAAUCAAAAGAUGGGAGCAAGCAAAGGAAUGGAAGAGGAGCUUUUCUUCCUUUCUCCAAAGAAAGGAAAACAUUUACAAGUCCUAGUUUAGGGUCUCUUCCAGAAUUAGCUCUAAUUGCCACGACUGAGAAAGAGAUGGAGGAUAAGAAAUGUAUUGAACCCAUCAAUAAUGGCAUGUCUUGCUCUUCAAUAAGGAAAGAGAAUCCAAGUAAGUGUGGCAAUGAAGAGACAACGACAGCACAAACAAAGGGAACUGGAAAUCCUGGUGAAACACAAGAAGGGACGACCACAACACAGAAUCACAGGAAGGCAAGGAGGUGUUGGUCGCCGGAUUUGCACCGACGAUUUGUCAAUGCCCUUCAAAUGUUGGGUGGCUCUCAAGUUGCCACCCCAAAGCAAAUUAGAGAGUUGAUGAAGGUUGAUGGUCUCACCAAUGAUGAAGUUAAGAGCCAUUUACAGAAAUAUAGAUUGCAUACAAGAAGGCCAAGCCCAAACCCACAAGCAGCAGGAGCUGCAGGGCCGCAGCUGAUGGUGUUAAGUGGGUUUUGGGUCCCACCGGAGUAUGCGACGGCAGCUGCUGCACAAACAGCGGGCCAAGCCAUUUAUAGUGCACACCCAGCCUCCCAUGCUUCCAUCCACUAUACUACACAAGCAAUCCCCCAGGACUUCUAUCCACCACCACCACCACCACCUCACCACACUUUUCAUUCCGGCCAGCAACACCAUCUUUAUAAGGCCUCAUCUCAGAUGCAUAGCUCCCCGGAGUCCCAUGGGAGACCCAUAGGAGACGAUUCGGAGAGCAUCGAAGAUGGGAAGUCGGAGAGCAGCAGCUGGAACAAGGGUGAGAGUGGUGAGAAUGGUGAUGAAAGGGAGAGGGAGAGAAAGGGUUUGGCUUCUCUCAGAGACGAUGGGGAGGAAAGUAAUGGCAGUGAGAUCACUCUCAAAUUCUAGGCUUCUCUAAUCUUCUGGAAGAACCAAUUCCUUCUCGGAUUAUUUUAUUUUUUUCUGGAUUUUUGUUUCAUUUUCCCUAGAGAGAGAGAGAGAGAGAGUGAGACUUCUAUCAAAAAAAGAAAAAAAGAAAAAGAAAGAGAGUGUGAGACUUCUCAUGCUCUUGAUGGGAUGGAAGAGGGAAGAAAGAAAGGAUAGAAAAAGGAAAAGUGUUUGUUUGUUUAUUUCCAUCUUUGGUGAUCAGAUAUCCUAAGCCUUAACGAAGAGGCCAACGUCAGAUAAGGAAAAUUGAAGUUUGGAUUUUGUGA